CAAAAUAAAAGCAUGCCGUGUGCGUGUGAUAAAGAGAAUAAUUAUUUUGGAAAUUGCUGAACCAAUUUUAAAAAUAUCUAACUUUGUUUUCAACAUUCGGUAUAUCCCACAGCGCUAGCUUGUAAAUACUUCCUCAGCGCAUAGAUCAAUUUUGUUUUCAAUUAUGCAAGCUGCACAUUUUCGAAAUACACAUUUUAAUCAACCAAAUUAUGAUUAUCCAUCCAUCCAAUCCAGGCUACAUAAUGGAAAACACUUAACUUACAACCGGCUAGAAAGAAAACCUCUAAAUGAAAACUAUAAUGAAGAGCAUUGGUGUGAAACCUGUGACAGAGGUUUUCCCUCUAUUGACCUUCUGGAGAAACAUAAACAUCAACAUCAGAAAUGUAACAUUGAUGGUUGCCAGUUCAUAGCACAUCCAAAAGUAAUAACAAAACAUAUUCAAAUGCAACAUUCCACUGGACUGUACAAUAAAAUUGCUAAAUUAAAUAACCCUGAAGAAAUACAAAAAUGGCGGGAAGAAAGAAAGAGAAAAUAUCCAACAAAAGAUAAUAUUGAAAAGAAAUCUGCAGAAAUUAAGGCAAAAAUUGAAAGAGGUGAAAGAAUGGGAAUGAAAAAUUUUAAUCAAAGAAGAGAUGAUUCAAAUAAGAAUCGCAUGCCAAGAAGUGGAAGAAAUCAACAAAAGGAUCAUAGGCAAAAAACAUUCUCAUCAAAUAAUAUACACCGAAAAUCUAAAGUUCCUAAAAAAGAUCAUUGUGUGUUGCCAACUGCCGAUAGCUUACAAAAGUUAAAGCCAUUCGCUGGUAUACAAGAAAUUGUUAUGGAAGAUACUUCAGAAGAAAUUGUUGAGAAUAUUAAUUGUGAGUUUGUCAUAGAUGAUGAAGACAUGGAGAAAUCUUCAGUGCCUGAUGUAGAUUCACAAAAUAUAACUGAUGACAAUAAACCAAUGGUUUGUGGGGCAUUAUCAUCACUCAUGUGUAAUUAUGAGUCUUCUGAAGAAGAAACAGAUGAUUGCAAAGGGCCCACAGCUACUAAUUUUGUCCAAUUAGAUAAAGUUACUGGAACUGAUAAACAGCAAAGUGUAUCCAGUGUUAAAUUGAUGGAGAAUAUAGCAACAAAAUUAAAUGAGCCAGCAAAAGAAAAUGGCAAUAAAAGUGAUGAUGACAGUGGACCUGAAGAAACAAAAAUAGAUAAAAUAACAGAAACUAGCACUACUCCUGCACAACCAAAGAUGAUAAAAUGUUCAAAAGCCAAGCAAAAUAUAGCAAAUAACACUAGCAGACGAAUGCUUAUGAAACCCAAAAGAAAAAUUCCCUCUACUCUUUUGUACAAAUUAUUAAAGAGAGAAGUACAACAGGAACGUAACAUUGUAUUACAAUGUAUUAGACAUAUUGUUAAGAAUAAUUUUUUUGAUAAUCCUAACAAAUAAAGUUUAUAGGGACAUCACUGAA